AACUACUACUACUACUACUACUACUGCUUGUUAUUCUACAGCGUCCACAGUGAGAUUGUAACAAGGCACCAUGGCCAAAGUCAGCGUAUUCUGUCCCUGUUCUGAAAGGCUGACCUCGGAAUUGGACGAUACCGUAAGCUUGGAGCUGUCGUCAUUUCCCGAAACCAUCACAGAUCCCAAUACUCUUCACAUCCAGCCAGACCUCAACUUCUGUAAUCAGUGCCAGGCUGUGAGAUGUCGAAAGUGCAUUGAAUUAGAGGUGGUGACGAAGUACUGUGCUCGCUGUCUGCACGAAAUGAAGCCUGAAUACUCCUUUUGCUCCAGAAACUGCUUGGACUGUCCAAUAUGUGGUAAUAACCUUAUCGUACUGCCCAACAAGAAUACUAUGACAUGCUCAAUGUCAUGUUCGACAUGUGAUUACAUUUACACAAGUGAGCCGUUGGAGAGGCUGAGACCUAUGGCUCGGGUGGUGAAGACAGAGCAGAACAAACGCGAGUCCAUGAGGAUGUUUUCAGAUCUGCAAAAGUUCUAUCUUCAACAGAGACAGUUGGAACUCGGGAAUGAAGACAUUCCCAAGAGUAUAGUUACCGAGUAUUCGAAGAUGAAGGUGAAAGAGUACGGCAUCUAUGAGUUUAUGAGACGCUCCACUGUACGGGCAUUGGAUGAGGAAACUGUGGAAUCCUUUGCUCGGUUAGCGAAUAACGAGAGCAUACUGUCCUACGACAUUGGCCUUGGUGAUUCAUCUCGUUUUAAAUCAGAGGCGUUACCUUUGCAGACCAAACUACGGUGUAAAUAUGCUAAGCGUUGUAAAGCAUGCCGAUCUUCGCUGAUGAAGCCUGAUCAUGACCCGACGUCCGUGAAGUUCUACAAGUUAUCCAAUGCGAUUGAUACUCUUCCAUCAAUAAGGGUCUAUCCAAAUCCAAAUAACAACACUGAUACCUCGAUGACUCCAGGAAGCAUUGCCUCAUUUGUUGUUGUUGUUCAAAACGCAUUGGAUAGUGAUAUCAAUGUCAACCUGAGUGCCUAUACAGAACUGCCAGGUGGUUUCCAUCAAGUUCAGCUACCAAAAAGCUCUUUUACGUUGCAUCGCAAACCUGAGUCCCAUACGAAGCUGGAGGUGCUGAUCGACUGCACGCCUUCUAUCGAGCUAUCAAGGGGUACCAAAGCAUCUAGGGUUGCACUGAUGAAUAGGCCCGUGAUUGAUUAUUCUGAUGAUGACAUGGUUUACGAGCACCGUCAGAACUACAUCGUGGUACCCAUGAAAGUUGUUAUCCAUGAGAACUCCCAGCCCCAGACCACCGUCAAGGUGCCCAUAUUAGUAUCCUUCAAAGGCGAGGACGUUGCGGUAGCGUUUUGGUGUGUUCUAGAACUUGGUCAAUGUUGUGCUGCGGCAUGAGAGAGAACACCUCAAUGAGUGGACUUUACCACGUACACACCACUUCCCUUGGAACCGACAACUUCACCACGCCUAUGCUUCAGCCAAUGUGACUCGAUGCAUGAUAUAAUUUAGUUAUUAACACCAGAACUGCCUCAACAUUACCACUGGUCUACACUUCAAAGAGCAGUUCCAUACAUAUUGAGCAGAUUGGAUCUUCAGGAGCACCAGGCUGUAUCGAUCUUCUGCUCAAAACUUGCUUA